UGCUAAGCGAAACUAUAAAAACUCAAUUUUUAAAAUCGCAAAUAAUCAAAAACCUAACUUUAUAAAACAAUUUAUAUACUCUUGGAAUAUGGCAAAUAUCAAAUGGAAUCUCACUUCAGAGGAUUUGGUAAAGGAAUCAGAGGCUAUGAUGGCUGAAACUAAAAUAUUAUAUGAUAAAGUUGGUCAUAUGGAUAAAGAUAAAGUUAGCAUAGACAAUUUAUUACAACCUUUAUCAGAUAAUGAAUGUGAAUAUGACAGUGCCCAGAAUAUAAUUUGUUUUUUUCAACAUGUUUCUCCAGAUAAAGAUUUGAGAAAAACUUCAUGUGAUGUUGAACAUAAAUUUUCUGAUUUUGAUGUAGAAAUGAGUAUGAGGCAAGAUAUAUUUGACAAUAUUGUUGCACUGGACAAGAAAUUAGCAAAUAAAGAUAAUAUGGAGCAUGAAAUGAAAAGAUACUUAGACCGCUUAAUUAAAAUUGGAAAAAGAAAUGGUUUACACUUAUCAAAGGAUAAACAAGAUGAGCUUAAAAUUAUAAAGAAAAGAAUGAAUGAACUAUGUAUUGAUUUUUCUCAGAAUUUAAAUGAAGAUGUGACAAUAUUGGAAUACACAAAAGAAGAGUUAGAUGGCUUGCCAGAUGAUUUUUUAGAAUGUCUUGAACAAACUGAUAGCGGGAAGUACAAGGUGACUCUGAAGUAUCCUCAUUACAAUCCUAUCAUGAAGAAAGCUAAAAACCCUGAAACCAGGAAAACGAUGGAGAUUGCUUUCAAUUCCAGAUGCCUAAAGACCAACUUGCCCAUUUUGGAGGAAUUGAUCACUCUUAGACAGAGGGAAGCCUCGAUCCUAGGGUUCCCUAAUCACGUGUCUUACGUGACCGAGUUGAGGAUGGCCAAAAAUUACGAAACUGUCCGGGAUUUUUUGGCCAGACUGGUGGAACAGUUGAGGCCGGCUUACGAUACAGAAUUCAAAACCCUGAAAGAUUUCAAGGCUAAAGAGUUAAAAGCUAUGGGUAAACCCGUCCCGGACCCGUUAACUAUAGAUAACUGGGACCUGCGGUAUUACGCCAACAUGGUCGAGGAAGAAAAUUACGCCGUUGACCACCAAAAGGUCAAGCAGUACUUUCCGCUCAACAAAGUGACGGCCGGGCUUUUCAAUAUUUACCAAAUAUUGCUAGGACUGAAAUUCAAUAAAGUUGGUGAGGCAACAUCUGUAUGGCAGCAAGAUGUCGAAACAUAUUCGGUGAAGGACGCUAAGACGGACGAGCUUAUUGGAUACUUUUACCUCGACCUCUACCCCAGGGACGGGAAAUAUGCUCAUGCUGCCUGUUUCGGUCUUAAGCCUUCAUGUCUCUUACCCGCCCAAGCUGGGAAAGAUGGAAAACGGCAAUUAGCCGUAGCGGCAAUGGUAGCCAAUUUUACCCGCGGUUGUAACACGUCCGGAGAUGGCCCAACUUCUCCCCUGCUAACUCACGAUGAGGUCACCACUUACUUUCACGAAUUCGGUCACGUGAUGCACGACCUAUGCGCUCAGAGCCGAUUGGCUCAUUUCAGUGGCACGAGUGUAGAGAGGGACUUCGUGGAAACCCCUUCCCAAAUGCUGGAGAAUUGGUGCUGGGAAGCCGAAUCACUCAAAUUGAUGUCAGGGCAUCACAAAGAUGGAUCCCCCAUCCCAGAAGAUUUGUUGCAAAAAUUGAUCAAAUCACGCAAAGCCAAUAUAGCCAUCAUGACGAUGAGACAAUUGUACUUGGCUACGUUCGAUCAUCUAAUCCAUACUAAAGCCGGAAAAGUCGAUAUUCUGAGCAUUCUUGACACGGUGUCAAAGGACAUCAUGAAAAUUCCCGUCACUCAAGGAACCAACAUGGCAGCUUCAUUCGGUCACUUAGCCGGUGGGUACGAUGGACAAUAUUAUAGUUAUAUGUGGAGCGAAAGAUUCUGCAUGGAUAUGUUCGAAAGCCGAUUUUUGAAGGAAGGAAUCAUGAACCCAAAGACGGGAAUGGAUUAUAGGAUGGACAUUUUGCACAAAGGAGGCAGUGAGGAUGCCGUGGAUAUGCUGAAGAAGUUUCUGGGACGUGAACCUAGCGACGACGCAUUUUUGCAUUUCUUGGGAAUCAAAACUAAACACUAAGAGCAAUCAAUCCAUAUUUUCCCAUUCAAGAUUCAGAUUCUCUCACCCCCUCCCCCUUCCAUCACCUACACCCUCUCUUUAUUUUUUUUAAAAUUUUGAAAAAUAAUUUUUUUAUAUAUAUUUGUAAGAUGCAUAAAAUCGUAUUAUUUCUAUUAUUUACUAUUUUGUUUUGUUUUAAUUUAAUUUUUUUGUUUGGAAAUUUUUUUUGGUGAACGUUUCAUUUUAAUUUCCGUAAUU